AUGACUCCGUGUGCUACCGCUCUUCUGUCACUCCUGACAGCCCUUAUUGGCAUCCUCUAUCCAUUGUCUUCGCCUGGGCUCUUACUUUACCGUGAGCCAGAGCUAGCUCCAUUUCCAAACUACACCCUUUCCUACCUCGAUGAUCCUAUUUUCUCGCCCUUGGCUUCUCAUAUCGCAAAUAACCCAUAUCCUUGGCGUGAUAAGCGGCCUUUCAGAGAAGCCAACUCUGCGCUGCUGCUAGGGGCCGUUGAGGCUCUCCUUAAAGCUGGGGCUAUCGAGGAUGAUGACGCCAGUGAUAUACUGGUUACUCCGGAAGAAAAGCCAAGUGAAGCUAAUUUAUCUCUGUCUGGACAAGCUUCGCAGUGGCUCUCGUGUAUCGCUAAUAACCUGCUUCUUGCUUAUGAGUCAGCUACGCGGCGUAUUACUCUCGUCGUCUCAUGUAUCGCUAAUAACCUGCUUCUUGCCUAUGAGUCAGCUACGCGGCGCAUCAUUCUUGUCGUCUCGUGUAUGUGCCUCGCAUUCACGUUGAUUAUCGCGGACCAGAAACGGCCUGAAAUAUCUGAAAACGACGUCUAUGAGCAUGAAUGCGACGCCCAGGACCCAGUUGUUUAUACUAUCCGUCUCGUGGAGGAGAAGGAAGUGCAAAGUGAUGCGGCCCUCGAGGAAGAAACCUUAAUCACCCAGGACUCAUUUUUCAAUUAUAACGGAGACCAGGUGAGAGAAGAUAUAUUGAGGCUGCUUGGGACCGUCAAAGAAGAGGCGUCCUGGCUGACAGAUCGCAUCAAACUUCUAUCAUUACGGCUGAGCAUUCACUCCGAGCUCCUGGAGGGUCAGAUCCUUGAAGAAAAACAAAGAUCCAGUAUAGCACUUCCUCCUAAGCGGGCCCGCAUGGUCGGAACAAUCUGGGAAGUAUUCCAGGAACAGGUCACAAGCCAGUUCGAAGAGCAGCUGCUCUUGCUAGACGAGGCCACAGCACAAAUCCAACAGGCAUGUGAAAAUCUGCCCGAUCCACGAAGAUACGAGGGUUUCUGCGACGAAUUUGAAAGUGAACUCCAACACACGGUUGAUCGCAUCAAUGACCUGCGAGAGCGCGUGGUCGGUGCGAGACAGCCCUAUGCUAACUCCCAAACCCCCUUGGCCACUACGGGGGGAUCUGCAAGUUCCCAUUGGGAGCCGGAGGACAUGGACGAAGACCUCAGCUAUGGACGAGAGGGAGCCCAGUCCCGGUUUGGUUUCAGGGAGCCCUGUUUAUCACCCAUAAUGGAGGAGGGCUAUAACAUAGAGGAGUACGAACCGAGUUCUCCUCUGUAG